AAUCGAAUCUUGGCCAGCUGGACGAUGAUGGAUAUUAAGACGUUGAUCCUGCUAGCCGCAGCUCUGGCCAUCUUUGCCAGCCACACGAAUGCCGAUCCAGUUGAAAUCGACGAUUCCGAGGAAUGUCCACCGGAUGGUAAUAAUGGUGGUGAUAAUAAUAAUGGUGGUAACAAUCAAGGUAGGGACGAUGACAGUGCUCUGUGUCCGAACUUCCAGCACAUUCGCGAUCUGAUCGAUCAGGUGGCUUUGCGGGAAUUGAUCGAAGUGCACUACAACUGUGAUAAGAAAUUCCGGCGCGCCAUGCGGUUCUACAAUACCACGGGUUUCGUUAAAGUAACCCAGGAACUGACGGAUACUACUGCUUACCAAACCGUUCUUAGCCAGCUCCAAGAAGCCGAUGUGGAUAUUGCGGAUAUUAAAACCGUUGCACAGAUAUUCUACUGCAUAAUCCUGCCAGUCAAGAAACUGGACAGAAAUUGUGAUUGCAAGGCCGUCAGGCACCAUUCGUUUGUGGACGAUCUGCUGUAUAUAAUGCCGCACCAGGCAGUCCAUGACUAUAUCGCAGAGUCUCAGAAUAACCAGACCAAUUUUGGAAAUUUCACAAAGGCGGUAGUUUCGAAGGAGUUCCAGGACACUCUGAAGGCCAAUGUUAAGAAGAGCGACGUGGUUAAGCCAUUACGCACCCUGCGCAAGAAUGGCUGGGACAUCCCGGAGCUGCUCCGCGCCAUGUUGACCAUUUUCCAGUGGUGACCUGACCACUCGUUUGAGUGCCCAUUUGAGUAUCUCGCUAUUGUAUGUAAACCCAAUAAAGCAACAAGUGAAAGGAAAUAGCUCCGCAAGGGGGCCCCCAUGGC